AAAAAGAAGAAGAAGCAGCAGCAGCACAAUGGUGCAGUUAGACCAUAGAUGACUAAUAUGAUUAUGUUCUGAUCAUUCAUUCCACUGAAGCAAAAAAUGAUCAUUAAAUUGAUUAGUAGAGAGUGCAAAGAGACGGAUUACUGAGUAUUGAGACCAUGCAAAGCCUUCAUCUGUACAGCCCUUGUUAAAACAUCUGUGAAAACAGCACAGGACUGUGAUGUGUAGACUGAUCUGUUCACAGUUCAUUUUUGACUGAAUUCAUGUAUGUAUGUUCGAUGUAUGAUUUAGACCUGUAAUUUGCAAUGCAAAUUAUGAUAUAUGCAAUAUGAUAUGUCAGUGUUACAUCGUGGGUGGGAUUACCAUAUGCAGGCAUGCUGUGUUUCUGUACACAGGCAUAUUUAUUCACAAGUCACACAUAUCAGCAUAGCAAAUUGCAAAAUGAAGUACAAUCAUGUGGUACAUCUCGCAAUGUUUUUGUCUGCUCUUUUUGAAAAAGUUUCAGCACAUGGAUAUUUUGGAUAUGUUCAAACUCAGUGUCGAGUACCAGGCUCCAUAGAAAAAACUGAGUUUAUCUUCUCAGUCACCUACAACAAGAUUGAAUAUAUUAGAUAUAACAGUACUGAGGAUAAGGCUGUUGGUUACACUGAAUUUGGAGAGAAAUGGGCUGAAGACUACAAUAAAAACAAGAUUUUACUAGCACAGGCAGAAUUUGGCCUUGACAAGUGCAAAGGAAUUGCAAAGUUCAUUGUCCCUAAUGCAGGGCUGACAGUUAAACCAGAAGUCAUUAUCCGGUCAGCCAGGGAAGCUAAAGGGAAUGAGAAAGCUGUUCUGGUGUGCAGUGCCUAUGACUUCUAUCCCAAACUCAUCAAACUGACGUGGUUGAGAGAUGAUAAAGAGGUGACAGCUGAUAUGACGUCCAUUGAGGAGCUGGCUGAUGGUGACUGGUACUACCAGGUCCACUCCCACCUGGAAUACUUCCCUAAACCUGGAGAGAAAGUCUCCUGUGUGGUGGAGCACGCCAGCUCCCAUAAACCCAUGAUCUAUGACUGGGAUUCUUCUCCGUCUGAGUCUGAAAGGUCUAAGAUCAUUCUUGGGGCUGUGGGGCUGCUGAUGGGGGUUUUUAUGGCAGCUGGAGGACUGAUCUACUAUAAAAGAAAACAUACAGGCUUUUACAGACUUCCAGUCUGCUUACUUCCAAUUCAACCAAUGAACGACACUGAACUGCAGUAAGUUGUAACAUCGGAGUGUGCAACAUCCCUUCAUUUGAACCAUGGCUUGAGUAUGAGGGCUGUGUGACAAUAAUCAGACAUCAGGCCCCUAUGUGUCUCAUCUCCUGAUUGUCCAAAUCUGAUUUAAUAUGCAUCAGUCUCUUCCGUUCUUGUCUAUUUAUGAACAAAAGCUUUUCUGUGCUCUUUAUAGUCACUGUCACAUUUCUUAUAGUUUUUGGGCUUCUGACUACCUUAUUAUGAUUUUCAUUUCAAGUGUUUUUUCUCCUUGAUAGUAUGGAGCCCUUAAAGUUAAACUUUUGCAUAUACACAAAAGACUUUAGUGCAAGCAUCUACGAAGAACUUCAAUGAGAAACGUUUCUUGUUUUUGUUUUGUUUUUUCCCCAGUUUAUGUAUAUCUACUUUUUCAAUGCACACACAAAAGGGCAUUUUUUUUUUUUUUUUUUGAUCUGUGGUCUCCUGCCUGUCUUUUUAUCUUUCCUUCUUAAAAUCUGUAAAAAUAUUCAGCUACAUGCAGCUAUGAUGUAGUAAGUUUAUAUUAAAAUAAUUAGUUUAAAUUAA